UGUUUAGUACAGCGACGCAAUCAAAACACAAAAGAUUUUCUAAGUAACUACGCACAACAUCAUAUCUCAAUUUGUGACCGAAUUUUAUUGAAUAUAAAUAAUCGUCUUCAGCAUGAAUAGUUGUGUUUUGUGAAGAAAAUGGCAUUGUCAAAUGUGUUGAUAUUAAGCCAGAUUGCUGGUCAUAUCGUCGUUUUUAUAUUGUCCUUGUGCAUUGUAGUGCCAAUGCUGUGUCAUGUCAGAGACUUUAAUGGGCAUUGUUUGUUGUUCACCAUUGGUGACUGGAACGAAGAUACAGGUUUAUUUGAUAUAAAAUGGGCGUCAAAAUUCUAUUGCAAUUUCACCAUUAUCACUGGGUUCUUCCUGAUGUUUGUGUCAACUGUUGAGAUCUAUAGAAUGACGCGGUUACAAUUGAAAAAAUUGGAUUCAUCAUUUUUGGGACUGUUUUUGGACGCGGUUCUUGGUUUUCUAUCCUGUUUAAUGGCAUUUGGAGCGGCCAUCAUGAUCACACUUGGGUUUAUAACGUGGUGUUCCCAAAUGACACUUCGAUUCCCGUCGUGUGAAGUGGCAGCUGGUCAAAAUUUCACAAAAGAACAAGAUCAUAUCAAUACAACUGGUUAUCAUUUUGAAAUGGGCAUUGCCCAGUUCGGUGCAUGGAGUUCGUUUGCAGCAUCAGUUGGUUUGACGGUGUUUGCAAUGUUGAAAUUGGUCAGCGACCAUCAAUUGCGCAAUAUGAAAGCAUCCAUGUAUCUUGAACGUCAAAGACUUGUGAACGAUGAUUCAUUCCGUGAUGAAUCCGGCAUCAGUGAUGCGCCGAAUGCUCAAAAUAAUUCACAAGAUUAAUCGUGAAAUUCUUUGUUUCCAUAAAAAUGACAUUUUAAAUUUUUACAUUAUCAAUUCGGGAAAUGAUUAGAAAACCUCUUUGAGCUCUUGACAGCAGUCAUAAUUAAUUGGGACUUAGAAUGGCGAAUACCAUUUGAAAUGUGAUGUAAUGAAUACGUUCGAUUAACUUGUAAACAAAAAUAUUGUGUUAUUAUUCGUUUGAGCUUUAUAUUUUAACUUAAGAAUAAACGAUUUUUUUUUUCAUCAUUGAA